CUUCUUGUGAAUGUAGCAGGUGGUUCUUGGAGGAUAAAAAAGAAGCAGAUUUAUUUGCUAUUGCCCAGUUGAAAGUUUCUGUGAUAUGAAUAAGAAUAAACAUUCGGGGACUGUGGUUGUACCGUAAGAUGUAUGCAGUGUUGGGUCGUCGUCAUGGGAAAAUCUUACACGCCGAUAUGCAGGAAGGUUCGCAGACUUUCCACGUAACUGCUGAAUUGCCUGUUACAGAGAGCUUCGACUUCGCCAACGAAAUCCGCAAACAAACCAGCGGCAUGGCUAUGCCUCAACUCGUCUUCAGCCACUGGGAGGUUGUUGAUGUGGAUCCUUUUUGGUCUCCGCGUACAGAAGAAGAAUACGCUCAUUUUGGGGAGAAAGCUGAUGUUGAGAAUCGAGCUCGCAAGUAUAUGAACGCUGUCAGGAGGAGAAAGGGACUUCUCGUGGAUGAAAAAAUCGUAGAACAUGCAGAAAAGCAAAGAACACUUACCAAAAAUAAAUGAACUUCACUGCUGCCAUCUGUCGGCAAUUCUUUAAAAUAAGUGCA